AUGAAGCUCAUCUCUGUUUUCACCCUCGGUGCUCUGGCAUACUCGCCGAGCGCGCUUGCGCGCACGAUGACGGUGUACAACGCCUGUCCGUUCACCAUCUGGCCAGCUUUGUUCACGGACUUGAAUGCGGGGGGUGGUGUACCAAAUCAGGCGACUGGUUGGGCGGCUGCUUCGUUUUCUGCGGUCACAUUCAACAUACCGGACAACUGGAAGGCGGGUCGUAUCUGGGGACGCCGUGACUGCAACUUUAGCACUAACCCUGGCCCCAACAGUUGCAUCGAUGGCGGGUGUAAUGGCGGGUUACUCUGUGACCCCCACACCGGCACGGGUGUUCCUCCAGCCACGGUGGCAGAGUUUACUUUGAGCGCCGACUCGAAUACGCCAGACUUUUAUGAUGUCUCUCUCGUGGACGGCUACAAUCUUCCUAUGCGCAUUGAUAACACUGCUGGAUGCCACAUUGCUGACUGCCCCGUAGACCUCGGACCAAACUGUCCAGCCCCCUUGAAGGGGCCAUUCGACUCUUCUGGCUUCCCGGUCGGGUGCAAGAGCGCAUGCGAGGCCGGUCUCGCGCCCGAUCCUAACAACUCGCCGAACUGCUGCACUGGUUCCCAUGGCACGCAGGCAACUUGCCCAUCGUCUGGUGUUCAAUUUUAUUCUUACUUCAAGAAUAAUUGUCCAAACUCAUAUGCUUUCGCUUUCGAUGAGCCUAGCGGCACCGCUCUUUGGACUUGCCCAUCGUCCAACAAAGCGUCAUACACCGUUACUUUCUGUCCUUGA